AUGUCCACACCGUCCCAAGGAGCGUCUUCUGUAGAAGACAGAGACGACUCCACAGCCAUCGCCCGCUCGCUGGCAGCACGCAGACGCCGGUCCCUCGCGUCGUUGCUGCGCGACUUUCGGACCCAACGCCAAGAACAGCAGAAACAGAUAUCCGGCUCGAGGAGCACAAGAGUGGAUGAAGAGUCGGGAGAGGAGAAUCUGUCCGAGGAGGAAGGGGAGGAACAGCCUACAAGAUUCGAUACCAUCGAUUUUGAAGCCUUCCAAAGGGCUGUUGGAGACCCGGUCAAGAUUGAGGGGCAGGAUGGGCACGUCAUUGACCCUGAAGCUAUCAAAGAUGAUAUGGAGUUGGAAUACGUGUGGGACGUGCUAUUCGAGAAUCAACGAGGCACCUACCUGUUGGGCACGGCCUACUAUUCUUCAAAAGUUCUACUACCAUUGGACCCAUCUCCCUUUACUCGUCCCUCGGGACCCAUCCCUUCAGCCUCCUCCUUCUCUGUCAAAGGCAAUCAGAAUGGUAAUGGUUCCACCCGCGCCAUCUCUCAAGAACCCCAAGCGGAGAGUCGCAAAGAUAGAGAGCCACCCGCUCAAUCCAACAAGACUUCCUACACCCUCGACACCUUCCAGCCUCCUCUUCCAGACUGGGAGUACCUAACCCCCUGGCUUGUCAACAUGCGGGAAGGCACAGAUGAGCUGGGCUGGCGGUACAAUGCGUGGUUCAAAAAGCAAGGGUGGAAGAGUCAUGCCGGAAACAUGGGUUGGUUGGGAUGGGUGAGGAGGAGGGAAUGGGUGAGACUGAGGAGGGUCAGGGAGAGGACGAAAUUAGGGCCCGACAUGCCAGACUCGGCCCUGCAGGCUGAACGGAGGGAGAAGAAGCUGGGACAGGUGCUUUCGGGGAGCAAAGCACAGAAUGUGUGCAACAUCUUGAAGGCAUUUGGGAGCCUGACCUUGGACAGGGAGCGCCUCGAGCUAUGGCAGAAGUGGCUGGACAGGUCCAAAAAGGACUCCGAGACGUGGAUUAGGUUGGAGGCCAUUUGCCAGGACGAAGAAGCCAUUUAA